AUGAGAGGAGCCCCGUUCAGUCCGAAGAAAAAUGACGUUCAGGAUGAUGAUAGAAUGUUCUAUCCCAGAGCAGAUGCUCAAGUUCAUGUUUCGCCCAACAGAGUUGGAGCGGCAUCAGGAAGACACGUGGAUCCCCCAAGACCUAGUGUAGAAGAGCAAGACUCAAAUCAACCAGGACCAUCCAGCCCGAUUGGAUCGGUAAACACUUUGGAAUCCGCAGAUACUCUGCUUAAGGAAAUUCUAGCAGGACGAACAGAUGACAAUGGUUCACCUUCGGACAUCCAUAGAAAACACUCCGGAUACUCAUUUGGAAAUCUUAUCAUGGAAUCUAAUUAUAAUACGCCGGCAGAGACACCGAGAGCAGGCGCAUCCGCUAGUACAUCAAAUCAACAGGGAAAUGCUCCGCGAGCAUCAGAAACGGUCCGAAGACGAUCUGCUGCUCAUGAGACUUCAGCUACGCCAGCUGUUCAUCGAUCUCCAGUUGCUCCAGCGGCUCUUCAAAACAACCAAGCGGCUGAUGGGGAAUGGCGCAGAAGAAUUCGCGAAAUCUGUAAUUGCAUAAUUAUGUGA